AUGGGUUCUAUCGUUGUUGAGAAUGGUCGAUUUUCUUGCCUGAGCAUGGUGACGGGUCAUCUCAUUCGACUUAUAAAGCAAGCCAGACUGACUCGAAUGCAAGCGAAAGAGCUACUCUAUACGUUGAAAUUAAGUUCAACAAUACAAGAAGCUAACACAAUCAUCAAGAAAAAAAAAUUCCAAGUCCUGAAGGUCCAUAGAAGUAGACAGUUUGCGGUCUGGCACGCUCUUGAAAUGGGUUUAAAGAAUUCCCUUCUCAUUGUAUCUUUCAUUGUUCUUGCCAUCACCACAACUAUGGAGGGGAGAACAAAAGAGCUAGGUGACAACACUUCAAGAACCAUGGAACUAGAUGAGAAAAAAGAAACAGGUAUUGAAGAUUAUGGUUGGAAUGCUGGUGGCCCUAAUCGUCCUCUGAAUGAAAUGGAAGCGCCAAUUCCAAGUAUGGGCUCAUAG